CAGUAGAAAGAACAGUACACUUCUACUACUCCCCAUUUGGUAUUGGUUGGUAUGCAAAUCUCGGAUUCAUCAAUACAUAUACCUCGUUUUUCUCCACCGACACUAUACAUAUUCUUCCAUUGAAUUGUUCCCUUCAUCAUUAGGUAGUACCGGAGAGGACGAGGGAGAUCGGCGGAUCUCCGAUCAUCGGAGCUCAUGAUGCUGUCAACGGACAUGGCUUCCGGCAGGUUUAUGGCCUACUCCCCGUCCCCCUCCGCUCCCCUCCCUCCCCACAUCGCCGCCACUCGCUCCUCUUCCUCCCCACUUGCGGAGCAUGAAAGCUGACUUUGGUGUGGUAUUAUGGCUAGUUAUAGUUGAACUCAGCCAUUUGGUGCUUGUGUAAGAAUGUUUGCUUGUCGCCUCUUUGCCAGUUCCCAGAACUGUUUCCUGUUUCCUCAGUUGUGCUUAUUAAACUUUGACUGAAAUGUUUUUUACUCACAGUGUUUUAAUACAUCUUGGAAUCUGACUUUCGUUGUUUUUUGUGUAACUGGGGUUUAUAGAUUCUCUUUCCAUCAUCUCUGAUGGAGCCAAAAUUUCACCAUUUUUUGGCUUUGGGGUGUGAUGGAAUAAAUCAAAAUGGAUCUCUAAACUGUCUGCGCUUCUUUAAUUAAUGAAGUAGCAGUUAGUCAAGCAAUGCAACUUUCGACGUUGAGCCGGGGGUCUCUUUGGAAACAGCCUCUCUACUUUCGAGUAGGGGCAAGGUCUGCGUACACACACCCUCCCCAAACCCUACUCNUAUAGAUUCUCUUUCCAUCAUCUCUGAUGGAGCCAAAAUUUCACCAUUUUUUGGCUUUGGGGUGUGAUGGAAUAAAUCAAAAUGGAUCUCUAAACUGUCUGCGCUUCUUUAAUUAAUGAAGUAGCAGUUAGUCAAGCAAUGCAACUUUCGACGUUGAGCCGGGGGUCUCUUUGGAAACAGCCUCUCUACUUUCGAGUAGGGGCAAGAUUCUCAAAUCAUAUGUUUAUAGCAUAAGAGUAUAUCAUUUCCCUCCCUAGAAUCCAUACCGUUUUCUCAAUUGAUCUGAGACGGCAAAAAACUAAUUCCUAUUGUUUUUUUUAUUUGGAGUCAGAGUGUUUUCUUCUCGCAUGAAGUAAUGCUUUAUGGGUGUUUAUCAUUUCCAUCCUUAGUGGUGAUGAUGUUUCUAUAUCGAUUCUGCCGCAUUGGCUUCACAGUAGCCCCUUCUUUAGUGGAGAAAGUGGAUGAGUGGCAUGCUUGCUUGGAAGAGUUAAGAGGGAAGGGGAGGAAGUGGAGGAGGCAUCUUGCGGAGUUGCUAGCAGAACGAAGCAAACUUAGUCCAUUUAUGCCUGUGCUUCCUCAUUGUUAUCGUUUGCUGCACCAGGAUGCCAGGUCUACUGCAAUCCACCAGCCCUCAAAACUGGCUUUCUGGUCGUAGUAGUAGUCCAUCUGGCCUUAUUGUAAAGCGAACAAUCAGAAUUGACAUUCCUGUCGAGCAAUAUCCCAAUUACAAUUUUGUUGGUCGCCUCCUUGGACCUAGAGGGAACUCACUUAAACGCGUGGAAGCAAGUACAGACUGCCGUGUUUUAAUCAGAGGAUGUGGGAGCAUUAAGGAUCUAGCAAAGGAAGAAAUGAUGAGAGGUAAAUCUGGGUAUGAACACCUGAAUGAACCCCUUCAUCUAAUUGUGGAGGCUGAACUUCCUGUGGAGAUAAUUGAUGCUCGGAUAGAACAAGCACGUGAGAUUCUUGAAGAUCUUCUCAAGCCUGUGGAUGAAUCUCAGGACUUCUAUAAAAAGCAGCAGCUGCGCGAACUUGCAAUGAUCAAUGGCACCCUUCGUGAUGAUGGUUCUCAGAUGUCUGGUUCCGUGUCCCCCUUUAACAGCCUUGGAAUGAAGAGGGCCAAAACCACAGGGUGAGUGAUGAUAAUUCUUCCAUUAGAGGGAUUUGAAGUUCACUCAGCAUGCUGUUCUAGACCACUAGUAGGAAACAGUGUCAUUGCGGCGGUGGUUGCAGUGCAGCCCAUGCCUCCCAACCAUAAUUGGGGCGCCUGCGCAAUCAUCUAUAAGAUAAACGGUAUGGCGUGUGUGUAUUGGCUGGAGAUAUUCGGCUGGGAACAUCGCAAUAACAAACUAUUUGCUUGUGAUGGUUUUCCCUGCUCGAAUCUCCACUUAGUUUCGUUGGAUCAACGGCUAUCCGCAUCUGGUGUGCUAUAUUUUAUUUCAUUUGUAACCUUCUUUUAACCUUUGUUGUUAUAUGGUUGAUCAAUGAAAAUGCUGUGUUUUGUGUGCGGUGUGUUGUUUGUUCAUCAUCAGUUUAAUCCCAACCAUUUGGGGUGGAAUUAAGUGUCAAUUAUCCCAGGGAAAUUGGAUGUAACACGGCUAAACGAUUGGACCACAAUCAAUUGUCCUGUCAGAC